UGUCAGCUCGGUCAUGUGAUCAGCUGUGCCCAAUCACAGCUGAUCACUGAUCAUCAGGGCACUGAUGAUCAGUGUAGCCCCAGCAGCGCCACCUGUCAGUGUCCAUCAGCGCCUUGUGUCAGUGCUCAUCAGUGCCUCGUGCCAGUGCCCAUCAGUGCCACAUCAAUGCCACAUAUCAGUGCCCAUCUGAGCUGCCUUUCAGUGUCACCCAUCAGUGGCAGUCAGUGCCACCUAUCAAUUCCAAUCAGUGUCACCUAUCAGUGCCGCAUAUCAGUGCCAGUCAGUGCCGCCUAUCAGUGCGUAUCAGUGCUGCCUAUCAGUGCCUGUCAGUGCCGC